CUGGGCGACCGCUGUUGGCCCACUGCCCGCCCAUGUCGAAUACUGGCAACUGCGCUGCCAUCUGCCGAAGCUCUUCUCUCGGCGUACGGAGUACAGUGAUGGUACAGGGUACCUGCCGUCACGCAGCGUACGGUGGCUUUUGGAGUGUGUCGAUGAUCACACGUAUUGCGAGAUACGCGCCGAAACUUUUGGUUCGCUGCCGGCAACAGAAUUUACACCACAGGGGUCUGUAUAUUCAGAUGGCAGCAUCAAAGUUCCAGGAUAUGUAUGUGAUUGAUUUGCGGAGCGAUACAUUAACAGUACCUACUAAGGCAAUGAGAGAAGCAAUGUACAAUGCAGAAGUUGGAGAUGAUGUUUAUGAAGAAGAUCCUACUGUGAAAGCUUUGGAACGAAGAGCAGCUGCAUUAUUUGGGAAAGAAGCUGGACUAUUUGUCCCCAGUGGUACUAUGGCCAAUCUACUUGCAAUUAUGGUUCAUUGCAGUCGAAGAGGAACUGAACUCAUAGCUGGUGACAAGUCUCAUAUUUACAAAUAUGAGCAGGGAUCAGCAGCACAUAUUGCAGGGGUUCAAGUGACAACAGUUAAAAAUAAACCAGAUGGAACUUUUGAUUUGGAUGAAAUGCAGAUGAAAAUAAGGAAUGAAGACAUCCAUGAGCCAGUCACUGCUCUCAUCUGUAUUGAAAAUACUCACAACUUAUGCGGUGGGAAAGUUCUACCGAUGGAAUGGCUCGAUGAGUUGUGGAAGCAGGCAGCCCUGCGUGACAUACCUGUGCAUGUGGAUGGUGCUCGUUUGCUAAAUGCAGCGACAAAGAUGCGUGUGCACCCUGCUGUGCUGACCAGCGGCUGCCGCUCUGUGUCACUCUGUCUCAGCAAAGGUCUCGGUGCUCCAGUUGGUUCUCUACUGCUUGGUGAUACUACUUUUGUGACCAGAGCAAGGUACCUACGGAAAGCCCUUGGAGGGGGAAUGCGGCAAGUGGGUGUGCUAGCAGCAGCAGGCCUUGUGGCACUGGAUACUGCCUCUGACAGACUUACACAAGACCAUGCUAAUGCAGCUCUCAUUGCCAAUGGUGUAUCAGAGUUUGGAAGCAAAUAUAUCCAUAUUGACCCAGCAAGUGUCCACACAAAUAUUAUUAUGGUCAAUGUUGAAAGAAAAAUUAAAGCACCAGAACUAUGCAGUCGAUUAGAGCAGGUUACUGAUGAAGAGGCAGAGUAUUUAGGAAAGGAAGCAGUAAUUGUCAAAGCUUUGUCUUUGGACACUGAGCACAUACGUCUGGUAACAUAUAACAGCAUAACAGAUACUGAUGCCAAGAUGGUUGUGAAGAAGCUUCAGUUCAUCAACCAAGAGCUGCAGAGGAGCUGAUUAGUGUUAAAAUAUGUGGUGAACUCUUCAUUAUCACAGUUAUUCAAGCAGCAUGAAAAACAGUGUAAUAAUUUAAUGUGGUAAUUAGCACCAUUCUUUCUAUUGCAUAUGGUUUAAGCUCAGAAAAAAAUGCUAAUAAAAAAAUAGAUCAAAUACUAUUUGUCCAAAACUAGUAAGAUGUCAUCACUGAUUUGUAGAAUAACAGUAUUUUUAUUGUGUUAUUGUAGCUUACCUUUUUUGAUAUGUCACUCUGUCUCAAGCCUGUUUGAUUUCAUUUUUUAUCACCAGGUUUUCAUUGCCCUUUUCCUUAACUUGAUAAUGUUUUAUUGACAAACAAUAUCUCUCUCUAUUUUGUGAGCCACACCCUGCACUGGAAAGAGUAUUGAAAUCCCAGUGGUUGACUGCCGGAGUACUGGCAGCAAAGGGUCAGAAUUUGAACUGUUCCUAAAAUGCAGUGAAAGUCACAUAACACAAGAUACAGAAAGUUGUUUGAAACCUGAAGUUGACAGCAGUGAAUUUUGGGGGAAAAUUUGUCAUACAGGAUGUGUCCAAAAAGUAAAGGAUCACAAUUUUUUGUGAUGGAACUAUACAUUGCUGAGUGCUCUGACCAGUUGGGGAAAGUGAAGGGAACCCUUAGCUUUCCAGCAGUAGGUUGCUCAAUUGUCUCCAAACCGUUGGAGGUCUAGGACAGCUUCUUCUGUGAACUUCAACAUAGUGGCCACAUGAAAAUUAUGAUGGAGAAAUCUUUAGAGCAAUGCUAUGGAGUAAAGUUUUGUUUGAAGCUCAACAAGAUGCUGCUGGAAACUUUUGGAUUGCUUAAGAAAGUCAUUGGUGAUGGUUGCAUUUGCAGAUCACAGUCAAACAGGUGCCACAAGAUGUUUAGAGAAGGUCAGGAGGAGAUCACUGACAAGGCUCUAGCGAGACACCUGUUAACAUUGUGAAUUGACAACCAUGAAACUCUUGUGUCCCAGUCACUGAAUUCAGAUCAUUGAAUGAGUCUUUGCUUGAUGUCAGAAACAUUGGAAUUAUUCAAAAUGGUUAUGUGUGGGAUUUUAUUGGAAGGGUUGUCCAUGCAGAAGAUUUGCGCAAAACUGGUGCCCAAACUUUUGACUGGUGUGAAAAAGCAACACCGAGUGGCAGUGUGUGAAGAAAUCAAGCAACUCAAUGAAGCUGAUCCCAAUUUGCUGGACAAUGUGAUCACUGAGAGUGAGCCAUGGAUCUUAUAGUAAAUUCAAAGAGGCAGAAUGCAAAAUGGCACACAGUGUUGUCAGAGGUCCAGAAGAAGGUUCACAUGAGCAAAUCUUGGAUGAGGUCCAGGCCCAUUGUUUUUUAUUUUAUUUUAUUUUAAAUGCAUGGGAGAUAGCACCAUGAGUUCAUACCUCCUGGCAAGACUGUCAGUGCUCUGUUUUGCAAGGCAGUGCUCCAGAUACAAUCAUAGAGACUAGGGACACCCACUUCCAAAAGGAGUCCCGCGCAUUGUGGAAACUGCAUCGCAACAGCACACUGACUCUGUUGUCAUGGCCUACCUGAGCCAUACUGGCGUGUCAAUAAUGCCACAACCAACCUUCAGCCCUGACCUAGGCCUGGUGGACUUUUUAUUAUUUCCUCAGCUGAAAAGGGGCCUCAAAGGAAAGCAUAUUGAGGGAAUCCCAAUUGAAGAGUGCCAGUAAGUUUAUGAUGCAUGGAAACUGCACUGGCAAAAAUGUAUUGAUGCAGAAGGGUCAUACUUCAAAGAAUUUUAACUAGCUGAACCUAUCCAAACAAUAAAUUUUAAAAAAAGGAAAAUGCAGCAAAUUACUUUCUAGAUAAACCCCUUAUAUCAAAUGGAAAGGCUAACAGGAAUCAGAGCUGGUGUAUUUGAUGCAGUAUACAAGAAAAACCUACUGAGACAAAAAUUGAAGCUACAUGCAAGACUUUUAUGGCAAGCCUCAGUAUCAGGGUUGGGCAUAAAAUUGCAAUUGUAUCAUUUUACUGAGUACCAGACUCACUUCGUUAGUGAAAACCUCAAUGCUAGUUCCCCAAUCAUACUGAAAACAUCAGAAGAGACUUUAAUCAUCCAACAAUCAAAUAGUUAAACUUUUGUUAGUGGUAGCUGUCACAAGACAUCCUGUGAACAUUACUAAAUGCCUUCUCUGCAAACUGCAUAGAACAAAUGGUUCAGAACCCCACUCAGGAUGGAAAUAUAUCAGAGCCAAUGACAGCAAACAGACCUGAUCUCUUUGAGUAUGUACACAUCGAAUAUGGUAUCAGUGACCAGACAGCUGUAGCAACAAUGAUUACCAAAGUACACAGGGCAACUAAAAUAAAUAGAAAGUUUUAUAUGUUUGGUAAACUAGAUAAAAAAGCAGUUGUGUUAUAUCUCAAUGACAAACUUGAAACUCUUAGCUCAGGGCAGUUUAGCCACUGCAUGACUUUCUUAUACCAUGGUUUUCAAAUAUAUAUGUUUAUUUUAUGAAAUAACAUUUAUAAAGCCAUUAUUUGAAUAACAUAGUACUCAAGCAGGAAGAGAAAAUAAAGACAGUCUGGUGACUAGCAGUUGCUAUUCUAGUUUGUGCAGAAUAUAAAAUGUAAUGUUAUGUUAGUAUUUUAUCAAUGUGUAACACUGUUCAAACUUGUAUUUUGUACGUAGUUGGAAUAUUUGCAAGUCUGUAUAGAUUUUUGUGUGGGUGCCCCCUGCUUGGACAGGAUAGACAUGACAGAUUUUUUAAAAAUAAAAGUAUUUUCUAUUUAUUGAGA